UAUUCUGUUUAACGUUUCAUCUCUCGAUAUUUGAUAAUAUGCCAAGUGUCAAUGUCGAAAGGGAAUAGAAGAAAAGUAAAAAAACAAAUCAAGGAAAACAACAACAAUUACAAUUCUUUUUGGGACUUUCUAAAGACUUAAUACUUAUUAUUAAUAAUUGUUAUAAUGUUUUGAAACUUUUUAGAAAAAUGUCGCAUAUGCUAGAUUUUAAGAAAAUAUGUCGGGCUUGUUUAUCUGACGCUGGUCCAUUAAGCGAUUUAUUUACUGUUUCCACUUCGGGAAUAUUUAAAUAUUGCACGUCUGUUGAGAUUUCUGAUAGUGAUUCUAUGCCUAAGUUAAUUUGUCAAAAGUGUCUAGAUCUUCUAAACAAGCUUUAUAACUUCAAGCAAGUAGUUGUGAGAUCUAAUGUUAUAUUAAAACAACAAUGGAAGUUACAGGUUAAACCUGAAUCUCAUCUCACCGAGAACAAUGAAAGCAGUUUACUUGAUGUGCAUAUUACAGAAACAAAUGAUGAUGUGUUAGAAAAUACAACAGAAAAUGUGACACAAAAUAGUAGUGACAAACCAUAUGACACAGCUAGUUUAAUAAGUCAAAUACUCGCCCGUCGUAGGCGAAGGGGUCCAGGGCGACCCCCAAAAGAACCAGGUGGGGCCCAACGCCGCUCCGAGCGUAUGAAAUGUGUCAAGUGUGGCAAAAGUUUCCAAAAGUAUGAGAACUUUGAGGCCCACAUGAGAGGACAUUUUGGAAAACAGCCAGAUAUAAAAUGCAAGCAUUGUGACAAGACGUUUCUCUCACUUCGAAGUCUGAGUAGCCAUAUUCGCAUUCACAGCGCGGUUCGAAAAUACCAAUGCCUAUCUUGCGGCAAGAGUUUUGCAUAUCUCAACGUUUUGAAGAACCACGAACUAAUACAUGCCGGUGUUAAGAAACAUGAGUGCCAUAUGUGCGACGCUAAGUUUGUGCAGGCGUAUAAUUUAAAGAUGCACAUAGACACACAUACCAACGAGAAAAAGUACAGUUGUGGUGAAUGUGGCAAGCAGUUUGCUCAGCCGGGGAACCUUAAGACCCACCUUGUGAGACAUUCCGGGAUCAAGAAUUAUGCCUGUUCCGCUUGUGAUAUGAGAUUUUAUAUUAAGGCAGAUUUAGUUAAACACAUGCGGUCACAUUCCGCUGAGAAGCCGUUCUCUUGUCAUAUGUGCGAUAAGACUUUUAAAAGUAGAAGUUUUCUGUCAAUACAUAUGAGGACUCAUACAGGUGAACGUCCAUACGCCUGUGACAUAUGUCCAAAAAAGUUCAUGGCACGAAAAGACUUACGCAACCACAGAAUGAUCCACACUGGCGAGAAACCCCACAAAUGUCAACUAUGCAAUCAGGCGUUCAUACAAAAAUGUGCGUUAAACCGACAUAUGAAGGGACAUGGUAAACCAGAUUUGAUCAGGGAGAUGCCGAUCGACAAUACACCGCAAAUUGGUUAUCCAUAUUUGUGACUGAUUUAAAAAACUUUUCUAUAUUGUUUGUAUUAAACCGAAAAGUAUUAUCAUUUCUCCGACAAAAACACCUAAUACCCUCAGUUUUCAAUUUGUGUGAUAAAACGAAAGUUAAAAGUCGAUUUCUUGGUUUCUUUAAACACAAAAAAUAAAUUGGUUGGAACGCUGAAUCCUGGACAAUACGGACAUCUGACAUAAGGAAAAUUGAUUCUCUGGAAUGUGUGGUGUGGUAGAGGGGACAACUAAAGAAACAAACAUGUCCAUAUUAAGACGGUUACAGAAAAAAAACAUUCGAUACCUUUUUUUCGACAUGCAACACAGAUCCAGAAAAUAUAGAAAACCUUAUCGUGACUGGCGGAGUGGAUAUAGCAGAUCUCGGGGUCCAUCCACUAUUCGCUGGACCGAUCAAGUAAAGAGCCUUACAGGUUUUACUAUCGCGCAUGCGCACGCUUGCCAAAGUCAGAGGAGAGUGGAGAAAGUUGUGCGACUAACACGACCUACAGAAACGAAGAGCGCGGUUAAGGAAGAGAUUGUUGUCAUGUUAAAAAGGUUUUAUGUUCUCAGUAUGAUAAUGGCCACCUUUGAAUAAAAAAAUUAAAUGAUUGCGUUCCUUUUUCAAUAUUCAACCAAUCAAUACUAAUCGAUUUUUCCUUUUUCUAUUCCGCGAUGGUGUAAAGCAAAUCAGCAAACAUGCAAUAUUUGCAUGUUAUUGACUUUCUGAUGUUUUAAAUCGUAUCGGAUAUUUAUUCAAGUGACAAAAAUCUUUGUAAAAUAUUUUUUCUUUGUAUAUGAUUUAUAAAAAAUAUAUGAAGCGUUAUGGUUUAAGGUGUAAAUUUUGUAAAUAAUAUGAUUAAAUGAGUCA